AUGCCAUUACUCCCUCAAGAGGCAGAGCGAUUCGAUAGGGUGUCUCUCGUCUACUGGACGAUCAUGGGCCCUCACGGCAUCAACCGAGCCGUACAGAGGCUGGAGUUCUGCGACUGCAAGAAGGGACUCGGUGUGAAGAUAAUCGGAGGUUACCGAGAGCUGACAGGAGAAGAGUUUGGCAUCUACAUCAAGCGGGUGAUAGCCGGCGGGUUGGCAGCUCUGGACGGGCGGCUUAAGUCAGGUGACCUGAUUCUGGAUGUCAAUAACAUCAGUCUGAUCGGGGUGACCAAUGAGAGAGCGGUGGAGAUCAUGAGGUCAGCCUCGCUCUCUAACCACAUGUCCCUGCUGAUCGCCAGAGAUGAUGAAUCCAGGAGGGAGUUUGCUGAGCUGAUGGAAAAGUACGGCUCCAAUAAUAUCAGCGCUUCAGGACGAAUUUCUCCGACUCAGCUCUCCACAGGGAAGCUGACAGACACGGCCUCCUCCUCCUCCUCCUCCAGAUCGGAGAGCCCCCAGCUCCUCAGUCCUAAAGAGGGGGUCACCGCCUACACCCACGCCUCCCCGUACCCUGCCAACCCCGCCUACACCGUGCACACGCCCACGCACGCCUUCAGUGACAGUGUCAUUCAGUUGAUAUGCGUCUCCAAGGGAACAGGCCUGGGGCUCGUCAUCAAGGGUGGGGCCAACCGCACAGAGGGACCAAUGGUGUUCAUUCAGGAAAUAGUGCCUGGAGGAGACUGCCAGAAGGACGGCAGGCUGCAGGUCGGAGACCAGCUGGUGUCCAUCAACAAAGAGUCGCUGAUCGGAGUGACGUACGAGGAGGCCCGGAGCAUCCUGACACGCACCAAACUCAGACCGGAUCCCACGGUGGAAAUUGCCUUCAUCCGGCGGCGUUCUUCCUCCAGCUCCAGCAGCGGGCCUCACAGCCCCAUCUCCCUGCAGGGGUCAGGAGGAGGAGGCGGACCCCAGACGAGGGCCCCGGGGCUGGGGCCCGGGCCUCCACAGCCUGCCGUGGUCACUAAGAUCACGUCCAGCAGAAACCCGGCCUCUGAGACUCUGCCGGCCGUCAACGUCAGCCAGGUGCGAGUGUCUCCAGUCAGAACAGAGCCGACACAUGUCUCCACCCCGCCUGACGGCGACAGCGUGGCCAACACAAACCCUGAGCCGACCAGCAGCCAGCAGCCCCCUCACAGGAAGUGUUCCCUCGGCAUCAGCUGUCGCCUCAAACUGGACAGACUGGAGCAGGCUCUGGAUCUGCUCGGUCUGAAGCCCACAGACGCUCAGUGGCAGGCGAUCAGGUCCAGACUACGAGCCGAUCCGGCGGGGACGGUGGCCUUCACAGAUUUCGAGAGCCUGAUCAGGGAGCUGUUUAAGCCUCAGCUGGAGGAGUUGGCCGUCAGUCAGCCGGGGUCGAGGUUAACGUCUGAAGACCUGUUCAGUUUGCUGGAGUCGCUCACCGACCGGCGGCCGUCGCUCUCAGACUCGGAGGACCUGGAGGAGAUGGAGAGGCUGAGGAAGGAGCACAUCGAGGCCCUGAGGGAGAUCAAGAGGCUGCAGGAGCAGCUGGUGGAGUCUCAGAGAGUUCACCAUCAGAUGGAGGAGGAGCUCAGCAAAGUCAAACAGGAAGUAAAACUGGGAGCGGAGGAGAGUCGUGCUCUGAGGACUCGGAUCCAGCUGGCCGAGGCGGCUCAGAAGCAGGCGAGGGGGAUGGAGAUGGACUACGAGGAGGUGAUCCACCUGCUGGAGGCCGAGAUCGCCGAGCUCAAGACUCAGAGGGUGGAGCCUCCGCCGCCGGCCAAUAAGGAGGAGACGGAGGAGCUGAAGAAGAGAGUCGCCGUGCUGGAGUGUCAACUACGGAAGAGCGAAGCGACCAAAAAGGGGUUUGAGAUGUCAACGGGGAAACUGCUGAGUUUUGUGGAGAACGUUCAGGAGUUCCUGCUUGAAAGUCAAGGACCCACAAAGAGCUACAGCUCCGGAGACGUUAAAGUCGGCUCGUCGUCACAAGGCCUCCCUCCUCGCUACAAGAAGAGUCCCUGGACGGCGGCCACGCUCGCCCAGGAGGCGAAGGAGCUCACGCGGACUGUCAGAGCCAUCCUGGAGGUCGACUGUCUCCCUUACGGCUGGGAGGAGGCCUACACUGCGGACGGAGUCAAAUACUACAUCAAUCACGUGACCCAGACGACAUCGUGGAGCCUCCCUGUGACCAGCAGUGGCGGCGGCGCCUCUGGGCCUCCUGCGCCUCCGGAGGCGUCAGAGCGGGAGGCGGAGCGGAACGGAGAGCUGACGGAGCGGCGUCCGAGCCCGUCCAUCGAGACGGAGAUGUGA